AUGCUGGUGACCUAUUUGGAAGCCAGCCGGGACCUUUGCGAGACGGACUCAAUUCUCUUUGGCGCCGCACUGGCAGUCUGCCGUAUUAUAGGCGCCAAACUUUCCACGGCUGGACGCACUACUGGACAAAGUAGUGCUAUCCCAGCCUGGAGAACAAGAAUUGAAGAACGUAUCGCAAAGGCUAGGGCCCUCAUCGGCAGACUGAUAUGCUUCAGGUCAGGCAAUACCAGGCCAAGGAUUGUGCGCACCGUCAGGAUGGCGUUUGCUGGGACAAAUGUUAGUUUGUCCCAGCCGGAUAUAAUGCAAAAACUGACGGAGCGCAUAGACGACCUGAAGCAGAGAAUCGCUGCUUGGGGAAAGCGAAUUCGGCGAUAUACCGAGAGGUCGACACGGUUCAACCAGAAUCGUCUCUUCCAGAGUGAUCAGAAGAGGCUCUAUAAAUCAUUGGAGCGACCAAUGGUAAGUGGAACGGGCCCAGUACCGAAUCAGGCCGACAUGGUCGCAUUCUGGCGCGGCCUGUGGUCAGAGCCCGUAAACCACAACGAGGGCCCUUGGACGGAAGUUGUGGCGAGUCAGUGUGCGGGUAUUACGCCCAUGGACCCCGUCACCAUAACGCCGGAUGACGUAGCUGAGGCGGUCCGUAGGGCCCCGAACUGGAAAAGUCCGGGACUCGACGGGCUGCAUCACUACUGGCUGAAGGGGUUCGUGGACAAAAGAAAGAGACCUUCGGGUGCGAAGUUUCGCGAGCAAAAGAAACUGAGACUACAAGAAAGGAAAAAAAUGGCUAGAUCUUUAAAGCACUUCUUGCAAAACAAUGAAGAUUCCACAGAGACUAUCGAUGCGACCGAAUCUCAAGAUUCUAAAUCCGUAAUAUCAGUAACCGUGAGUGGACCAUCUGAAAUUUGA